AUGGAAUCAAACGUUUCUCAUGCUUCCGGUCUGUGGGGCUUUUGUAAUCACCCUGCGGUGAUGAUAAUCGGAGAAGAAGACACGCCGAUCAACAGGAUCUCAAUCGACGAUUCUGUCUCCUCCGUGCAUGGUAAAUUUUCUUCAACAGUCGGUUGUAAAUCCUGGUCAAUUAAGGCUCAGCUAUGGCUGGAAAAGCAGCUGCAGAAACCGCAGCAAAGACAGCGUUUCAGCGUCCGUGAUUCCGUGGAGGGCAAAGCUCAACAAAUACAGAACGGAGGAGUGUAUGGUUACUGGGAGAUGGGGUUGUGGAAACUCAGCCAUUCUCAGUGGUGGAUGACAAGUUUGUCAAGGAACCAGUGA